AUGUCCAAAGGGCCUCUGAUUCUCUGGCUGAUGAUUGCGCUCGGGCGGCUUUAUCUGACUCCAGCUGCAUCAGAGAUUGUCGUGAGAGCGUUUUGGGGUCAGUCGGUGACUUUGCCCUGUACAUACUCAUCCUGGUCUCCUAACAGCAACAGCAUGUGCUGGGGCAAAGGCCAGUGUCCCCACUCCAAAUGCAAUGACGAGCUUCUCUACACCGAUGGGACAAGGGUGGUCUCGAGGAAGCUGCCAAACUACCAACUUCUGGGGAAUAUCCAGAGAGGGGAUGUCUCCUUGACCAUCUUUAACACCAAAGAAGAUAACAGUGGUGUGUACUGCUGCCGCAUAGAGGUGCCUGGCUGGUUCAACGAUGUGAAGAAGAACAUCCGCCUGGAGCUGAGGAGAGGUCCCACGACCACGCGCUCAACAACCACCCAUCGCCCAACCACCGCCGCUGCCAUGACGACAACCACAGCUGUGCUUCCAACAGCCUCAGUCGUGGCUACACCUGACCUGCCAGCCACACCACCGCUUCAGAUGAGAACCACUGCUGCACUCACCACCACAGCAGCCACAUGCCCUCUGACAACAUGGGACUCCCUUCGUGAAGAAGACACGAUACUUCUGACCCUUGAGCCUUCCACAGAAGGACCCAUUCUCACUGCAGAAUCAGAAACUGUCCUCCCUAGGACCUCUCAGAGAAGCACUGAGGCGACUUCUGCAGACACUGCCUUGCUCACAUCCAAAGGAUCUGAAAGGUGGGUUCUCCAGUCAACACCCCAGGAAUUGAUGCGGGAAGCGAGUGACUCGGUGAUUUUUCAGCCAAGAGCAUCUGAGAUGCCAUUUCUUGUGCAAAAUGGAUUUGAAUCAGAACAGAUAAAAAUGACCAACAACUCCAACCUGCUCAUGAUCAUUGCUCCCUCCCUGGGAUUUGUGCUGUUGGCAUUGCUUCUGGCAUUUUUCCUUCGAGGGAAAGUCAUGAAAACCAGUUGUGUCCAGAAACACAUCAGGCUAGACAGUGUUGGAGAAGGUAAAAAUGUCCUCGACGAAAGAGAAGAUGAAGAUGGUCUUUUCACACUCUAA